AUAUAGUAUCCGACUUUGACUCGAAAAAAAACUUUCGUGCGAGACAGACGUGUGCGACGGAGCUGCGCUUUUAUAUUCAAACCCGAACCCAACUGUUGACUGCAACUUUGGCGCGACUUUUCGCGAAGUGAACGAGCUGAAAGCCAAGCGAAAUUAGAUGUGAAACAAGUGUGAAUGGCAGGCUGAAGUAAAAAGAGAAAUAAGGUGCAUAUGUGCAGCAAGUGUAACGAUACCCAAUACCCAGGCUUAAAAAAAAAAUAAAAACAAAAAAUCAAAUACAAGUAAUACCCCUUAGUGGCCAGUAGCCAUGUCUACGAAACUGGAGCAGCAGCACUCGAAGCCCAUUCUGAGUCCAACUCGAUCCCUGGACGAAGGUUUCGAAAGUGAUCCGGAUCGGGUUUCCACCGAUUCGGAGCAUCAGACAUCUGGAACCAAUAGCACCAGUGCUGGCAACAACAAUGCAGCCAACAGCAACAGUAACAAUGCCAGCAAGCUGGCGCAGCUCAGUUCGGCGGCCACUGGGGGCGCCACUAAGACAACGGCUGGAGGCACUGCAUCCAGUGCUUCUAUGGCAAACUCUGGAAAUGUCAGGGGCGCUCUUACUUUGGCCGCCCCCCAGCUGCAGAGGCGGGAGUUCUUCAAGGAUCAGCCCAAGCUGCGGCAUCAGGCGCCGCCCCCACAACAGCCACGCCUCCAGUACCAAAAACAACGACAACCCCUGGUGCCCAGUUCGGCCUCCAGCGUUCACAAUCAUCGGUUAACCUCGUCGAUUCAGGGAUCUUCGGGAUCGGGAAAUAAUUUGGGAACUGGAACCGGAACCGGAACUGCCAACUAUCGCCGCGGGCGCCGGCUCCAUAUUAAUCCCCCUCGAAACGCCCUACGCUCCCACUCCGUGGACGCCAUAUCGCGACCCAAUCGACAUGGCUACGACCCCAGUAGCCUGAUCCUGAAACACGACGGGAAUGGUAAUAUAAGCACCAGCAACGCUGGAGGCACGGCCCGCAUGUUGAACUACAAGACCACGGGCGGUGGCAGUUCAGCCGGAACCUCAACCGCCGGACAGGCUUUACUCGUCCAACCGAUUUCCAGUGCCACCCUGUCUCCGCUGGUGGCUGCUGGCGUGGUCGAUGUGGUCGAAGGAGGUGGCUCCUCGCCGGUGAUUGCCUCCGCCACCCACAGCCUCUACACCUUCUAUCCGGCAGAGGGCAAUCUGCAGGUGUGGCAGACGGAGUGCGGCGACCUCACCUACAAGUCGUCCCGGAAUAUGCACCAAUUACACAAGGCGCCCAUGUGCUGGACUCAAUCCAUUCCGAGGCAGGCAAGAAGAUAUAUAACACCCUCAGCAGCUGCCACUGCAACGGCAACCAAUUCAACCUCAGCGACAGGAGGCGUCGGUGGCACCAAUCUGGCGGUUUAUCCCACGGCCACCGCCCAGGUGUAUCGCUCCAGCAACGGCCUGGAUGUUCUGGACUGUGCUGGACUCGAAAACCACAACACGGCCUCCACAUCCGGACACUCCGGCAUCGGCUUCUCUCAGCGCCUCAGGGAACUAGCCGCUUCCGCUGGACUGCUUUCCCUUAAGCCCCGCCAGCCUCUCAAGCCGGUGAUCAAGACGCGUGGCUCUCCCGGACCGGAAUUCCCAAAGAAGGUCACCUUCAGUGCAUUUGCCACCGUGCAGGUGGUGUGAAAGCGCGUGAGCAGUGAGGGUAUCAUCUGUGCAGGCACAGAGCAAGUUUCACCUUGCACUUGUUAACCAUUAUUUGUUGUUGUUUAUGUUUGUUGCUGUUGUUUAAUGUUUAGCCAAAACUAUGGAAACCAUAAGAACAGAACUACUCCUGAGAAUAAAAAAAAAAUUGUGCCAUGUCCGUGGCUUAAAACAAAAAUUAAAACCAUAUAGAAAAGAAUUACACACCCCAUAGCUGAAGAAAAUACCUCAAAGUCCCAGAAUCUCUAACUGCCUUUUUUCUUAUCUUUGCUUUCUUAACAGUAUCAAGUUUAUACAUUUGCCUUUGAUAGACUGACUUAUUAACCACUUUCCUAGAGUUCCUUUCGAUCACCCUCUACUUAAACAGUAUUUUCCAUAUUUUUUUCACUUUCUAUCAUUAUUCCCACAAACACACCCGAAAAAAACGUUCUAAAACAAAAAGACUAUAAGCGCGAAAAUUCUAAAUAUUUUCUAUUAAAUUGCAAAUAUGUGUGAAUUUUUGCUUAUAACAAUUCUAACAGCAAAUAAAGUCAUAAAUGUAUGUAUUCAUUCAAUAUGUAAGUCUGUUUUAUAUAUGUGUAUAUAUACAUAUAUAUAAACCAUGAUUUUGCAUUAAUUAUUUUAUAAGAAACAAAAAAACGUUUCGAAUUCACAAACAAUUUUAGCGGAACUGCUGUUAAUUUUAUUUAAUGUAUAAUAAAAUAUAUAAUGUAAGCCUAAAAGUAUGCAUGAUCAAUAAAAUAUAAAUAAAACCAUACUAA